AUGGACCACUGUCUUGGAUGGACGUGGUUCAUCGCAUGCAUGAUGCAGUUCUACUUCGUCAGCCCAGUCUUCAUACUCAUGCUGAGAAAGAACUGGAAAAUUGGCGUUGCCUUCGUCGUGGCUUGUAUAGCGGCCUCUAUGGUAACAACGGGCGUUUUAACGGUGAACUAUGGACUGCCAAGCACGUACCUGGGACCAGCGAGCGUCAACACGACGGACACAGGUAUCGAUCACAUCUAUACGAAGCCGUACACUCGCAUAUCUCCCUUCCUCGUCGGAGUUCUGCUCGGCUACUACUUCGCCGUCACGAAAAACCGACGAGUCAAGAUUAACCCGUUCGUCGUCGUCGUCUCCUGGCUGCUGUCUAUCACCGUCGCCCUGCUCGUCGUCUUCGGUCUCAUCGACCACUACAGCAACAUCCUCGACCCGAACUACAAGAGUGUGCUCAGCAAAGCCAUCUAUAAUAGCUGUGCUAGGUUCGCAUGGAGUCUGACCAUCGCCUGGACUAUCUUCGCCUGCGCGACGGGCAACGGAGAGUUUAAUAUCAAGCAAGGUUUCCGCAAGCUGAAAGCGUGA